AUGUUACGGUUUGGUGCCGUUAUUCCUAUUUCUUCAUAUUCCUCCCUCACUUGUUCCUGCAUCAACAAUCAUCCCCACCACCCCACCUCUCUCUCUACUAGGCUGAGUGAAACUAGUUUUAAGACAACCAUGAACCGGCUUGCUGGUGUUGCGCGUCUUAUGAUAGUCUCAGAUCUUGAUUAUACAAUGGUUGACCAUCAUGAUCCCGAUAACCUCUCUCUACUCAGGUUUAACGCUUUGUGGGAGUCCAAUUAUCGUAAUAAUUCCUUGUUAGUAUUCUCCACUGGAAGGUCACCUACAUUGUACAAGGAGUUAAGGAAAGAGAAGCCCUUGUUAAUCCCAGAUAUCACAAUAAUGUCUGUGGGAACUGAAAUAACAUACGGCAACUCUAUGGUACCAGAUGAUGGUUGGGUUGAAAUUUUAAAUCAGAAAUGGGACAGGAAUGUAGUUUCGGAGGAGACGAAAAAAAUUUCUGAACUUACUCUUCAGUCAGAUACAGAGCAACGACCACACAAAGUGAGCUUCUACAUUAAGAAAGACAAGGCAAUGGACAUAAUGAAAGCUCUUUCUACACGUUUGGAAGAACGCGGGUUGGAUGUCAAAAUAAUCUACAGCGGAGGAAUGGACUUGGAUAUCCUGCCACGAGGUGCUGGCAAAGGGCAAGCGCUUGCUUAUCUGCUAAAACAAUUCAAGGCUGAGGGUAAAUUGCCUAAUAAUACACUUGUUUGUGGCGACUCUGGAAAUGAUGCCGAACUAUUUAGCAUUCCAGAUGUACACGGUGUCAUGGUCAGCAAUGCCCAGGAAGAAUUGUUACAGUGGCAUGCUGCAAAUGCAAAAGAUAAUCCAAAAAUAAUUCAUGCAACAGAGAGAUGUGCUGCUGGUAUUAUACAAGCCAUUGGUCACUUUAACCUGGGUCCCAGUACAUCUCCUAGAGAUGUCACGGAUUUGUCCAACUCUAAGAUGGAGAAAUUCGAUCCUGCUUAUGAAGUUGUGAAAUUUUACUUGUUUUAUGAGAGAUGGAGACGUGCAGAAGUUGAGAAUUCUGAGCUUUAUUUAGCUAAUCUGAAGGCAGUUUGUUGUCAAUCUGGCGUUCUUGUCCACCCAUCUGGCAUCGAGCAAUCUCUUCAUGACUGCAUAAACUCAUUGAGACAAUGUUACGGGGACAAGCAGGGAAAACAAUUUCGGGUUUGGGUGGAUCAGGUUUUAUUUUCACAGAUUGGUUCGGACUCUUGGCUAGUGAAUUUCAAGAAGUGGGAGCAAUAUGGUGAAGAACGAAAGGGUUGUCUGACGACUGCUGUAUUAAGUUCAAAAGAUGUGACUGUUGCAAAAGGGCUCACUUGGCUUCAUGUCCAUCAAACAUGGUUGAAUGAAGCAGGUUCAAGCAAUGGAAUAACCUGGUUAUUCUAG